GUUCAGUGCCUGGCACCGGGCAGAACCAGCAGUUCUAGUAAACUGAUGAGGGUUCACGACCAACAAAUGGAGGCAACGCUUCUACAUCUAUUGGAUUAUGGUCAUGUUUCCCUUUCGCGGUGCCGCAGCUGCAACAACGCGCGGUGCUGUUUAUAUGGUCUAAAUUCAGAAUUUGAAAUGGGGUCACAUAUGCAUGCCUGAUCACGGCCUUGCCUGUCCAGAUGAUUAGCUGGACCGUCAUUUCAUCGCUUGUGUGAUUCUCUCCGGCCGCAGGCACGGACAGGCACGCGCGCGUUUCGCUGCUCCGCCAGCCUUAGCAACAGGGAAACGAGCGUCUCCCAUUGGCCUCCCCCCGGUCUGAGCUGUCUUCUAUUCGCCCUCCCCACUGCCACUCAGCGGAGAAAAUGCCCGAAGUUUUGCUGUGGCUGAUGCGGAUUCAAGGGCAGCGGGGCUGGGUAGGGUCUGGCCUGGGUGCGCAGUGGAUGCUGUGACGAGAAAAACACGUUUCCGUUUGUUAUCGUAAUGGGUGUCUUAUUCAAACGCAAUGGGCACACUUUUACGCAUGCACGCUUUAUCUGCAGCUCAAGCCCACCAGUGUCCUGUAACGGCAGCGUAAUGAAGCUAAUCAGCAGCGUUUACCCUCUUGCAGCAUCUCUAGCGUAGACAAAUUGUUGCGCCAAAUGCUACGUUUUUCUCAGUUCAGUUUCGUCGGCCCUUGACUGUCUACCUUCUGGUGCAGGUUUUAUCAUCAACCCAAUCACCAGUUACCCUGCCGGGAAGCACCAUGCUGACCAGUAUCACAGAGGGGAUACUGUGCUGCCUGACUGGGAAGGCUGCCAGUCUGGUUUUGCCUCUGGAGUCCUCGGAACCCUCUGAUGGUUUCGAGUUUGUGGAGGUGAAACCUGGGAGAGUACUGCGAGUGCGGCAUAUCAUCCCUGAGCGUCAGCCCAUAGAAACCGAAAAGAGAGUUGAAGGAAAGGAGAAGGCGGAUGCUGACCGUGAGGAUGACGGCUCUCUAGGGUAUUCUAAUGAUCGCAGUGAUGCUGGCAGCAGCGUCCACUGCAAGAGGAAGAUCACGGUGUACCGCAACGGCCAGCUAGUGAUCGAGAAUCUCGGGGAUGUUUUGCACUCUGAAAUCCUGCAGUGUCAGGAUGGGGAUUUGGAGCCCUGCAGCACUGUAGAGGUUGAACUGGCUGACUACAAGGAGAUGGCCUCUUCUCCAGACCCUAACCCUGUUCCUCCUCCAGUCCCUCCACCUACGGGGGAACAGAAGCCCGCGCCGCCUCCUCGCCGCCGCCGACGCAAGCCCAAGCGCACGGUCCUAAUUGACUCAAAGAGGGUAAUCUCGAGCUGCAAAGGGACGCACUCGGAUGUAGCGCUGUUCUUCGUGCAUGGAGUGGGAGGCUCUCUGGACAUUUGGAGCAGCCAGCUGGACUUCUUCUCUCGGCUAGGCUAUGAGGUCAUUGCGCCGGACCUAGCAGGGCACGGAGCCAGCACUGCCCCACAGAUUGCAGCAGCGUAUACCUUUUAUGCCCUGGCAGAGGAUCUCCGUGCCAUCUUCAAGAGAUAUGCUCGUAGACGCAACAUUCUCAUCGGCCACUCAUACGGAGUGUCAUUUUGCACCUUCUUGGCACAUGAAUAUCCUGAUCUGGUCCAUAAGGUGGUGAUGAUAAAUGGAGGGGGUCCGACAGCUCUGGAGCCCAGCCUCUGCUCCAUCUUCCAGCUGCCAUCUUGUGUCCUUCACUGUCUGUCACCUUGUCUGGCCUGGAGCUUCCUCAAAGCUGGAUUUGCCCGACAGGGUGCCAAAGAAAAGCAGCUGUUGAAGCAGGGCAAUGCCUUUAACGUGUCUCCAUUUGUCCUGCGAGCCAUGAUGAGUGGUCAGUACUGGCCCGAGGGAGAUGAGGUCUACCACGCAGAGCUCACUGUGCCUAUCCUUCUGGUUCAUGGCAUGUGUGACAAGUUUGUGCCCAUGGAUGAGGACCAGCGCAUGGCCGAGAUCCUCCUAUUUGCAUUCCUAAAAGUCAUCGAGGAAGGAAGUCACAUGGUCAUGAUGGAGUGUCCUGACACCGUCAACACCCUCCUCCACGAGUUCUUUCUAUGGGAGCCUGACAUGUCCAGAAAAGACAGCAGCAAGACAGAUACAGUUGUUGUCAGUGACAUUCUUCACACACUGAAAAUCAAUAAGUCUGUGGACAAAUAACCAACAAGGAGUCCUAGCGUUUUCCACAGAACCAAGCAGAAGGCCUUUUCCGGCAGUUGGCAUGUCUUCUUAAGGCUCCCAGGCUGAGGGCUGUUAUAAACAGGGCCGCAUCUUAAGGAUGUGGACGACCACUGGUGCUUCAAGAUAAAGCAGGAAAGAACAUGCGUGAGAGGAUGCAAAUACACAGCCAGUUUCUUCUUCGCUUUUUGAUACCGGUUUGUGCUCCAUCGCACCAUGUUUGCAAAACGACACAAUACUUGGAAAUCAAAGGGGCUGUCCAUCUGUGGUUUGUAUAUGAAAUGUCUGUGGUGACAAAGUAACUACUACACAAUGCAAAAGGCAUAACAUCCAUGAAGUGGUGUUGGAAUUUCCUCGCGUUUAUCUUAAAUAUUCUGUGAAGUGCUGGCGAGCUUCUCUUCUGCCCUUCUUAAAUGGUGACCUUGUGAAUGGGAGACUGGCCAUGAUGCUUCACAAUAAACUGAGGACUCACAGACCUGAUUUACCGGUGACUGGUGGCCACGGACGAGCGUGUCGAUAAUAAAGAUUUAAUGUGAGAUGUGGACUGGAUGCUGGUGGGCAAUGGUUUAAGACAUUAAAUAUAUGUACAUGCAAAAUAUUAAUAGAUAACUGCAUCACACACAUACAUACAAUUAUACUAUAACUCAAGGAGAAACAAAGCGGAAAAGUCAUUGCAAUUUCUUGCAGUCCAUCCACCUACUAAUCUCAUUACCUAUACAGCGUGCAGCAUCACACCAUCUCAAACAUGAAGACUCACAAUCACAACUAAAAUUGGCUACUAGUUUUAAAAAUUACUGCAAUUUCUUUUUCAUAUACUGAACUCUAAUAUAAAACCUAACUCGAAAAAAAAAAGCUAUGUGACAGUGUUAAGCGCAACGUAUCCAACCAGUUCAUAGUUGCAUGAAAAUGAAAUAACAUUCAAUAAUAAGAGAUUUAUGAGAACUAGUUGCCAAAACUGGUUUACUUUACUGAUCCUUCAAUACUAUAUAUUAUCCUAAGGAUACAAAAUACUGAGGGCCUGCAUGAGUUCAGCAUAUGAAAAAUAUGAGGGUUGUUUCAGCCAACUGCAAUAUAUUGUCAAGUACAAACAUUGCCAGCACCCUCCUCUUUAAUCAAAUGAGUGCUCCUCUUAAUGUGUAUUAUUUGGUUUUACUUUAUUUAUUCCAAAGUAACAGCAACUGCCAGAACAAAUUGUUGUUGUAUUGACCGCUAUAAUUAGCUGUCGUGUCUCAAGCUGAUAAAUACAAACAGGAGUGUGUUCCUCUACUAAUCCGGUCCACCCUGCUGCAAGACAUUCAUUCAUGGGUGUUGCUUUGUCUCAUAGUGGGACAGUAAGGUGCAAGUAAACAAAAAGCACAGUCUGAUAUGCUCCCUGACAGUGCUUAUCUGUUGACUGGAUAAUUUACUGUUUUGAGUGGCGGACGGGGAAAAUUGUUGGGUUUGAAAUUGGAUAGCCAGUGGUUAAAAUCAAAUGUGAAUCAGCCAAAGGAUAAAUGUGAGAGGGGCAUUUAUGCUUGCCAUACUGGUCUGUUAAAUAUGCAUUUUGAAAGAACGUGGAUGCAACAUGACUUGCUUUUAUGCAACAGGAUAGGGGGAGAUAAAGUGGAAAUAACCAGACCUGAGACGACUGUUGGCCCUUAAACACUAUAUAUUCUCUAUGGACUUUCCAAAAACCAACAAGUGCUGCUGAUGCAAUGUAUACUGUAUGUCUCCUUUGGUGUAAAAGGUCAGUAAAACUGUAUGGACUACAGGGUGCACAUGUACUUCCUACUCCUAUAUGCUAAGUGUGCAUAUACAACUUGUCAGUGCUCAUAUGUGCUAUAUCUUUUUGUGGCUAACAAAAUGUGUUAAUGUUAUUCUUGCAUUUAUUCAUGGGACUCAUAAUAUAUGCACUGCCUGAAUGUAGAUGCAUAUAACAUUAUAUAGCCUAUGGAAACAGUCGGAUUCGGUGUAUGAAUGUGCCUUUCCUGGCAUGAAAUAAAACAGAUGUUCACCGCUGAA